CUCAGAGCCAGAAAGCUUCCCAAGCUUUCCCUCUGAAGCAUCACCGACUUCACCAACGUCACCAUAGGUAUCGCAGGCAUCGCAGGCAUCGCAGGCAUCACCAGCUUUGGGCGAUACCCAUCCCCAUUUUCCGUAAUACAUACCUUGUCCAUCAAAUCAAUUGAUUAUACUUCUUCUAUUCCUCCUGCUCUAUGAUGCCCGCAAUCCUCAACAUGUUUGCUAAGUCGCCCGCGCCCGGAUCCGUAAACGGCGACAAAGAGUCGCGCGGCAUGAAGCGCAAAGCUAAGGGCGACCCUUAUGACGAAAUAGACGACGAUGAACCGGUUCAGAAGACACCUUCUAACCUACGAACCAGAUCGCGCAUCUCUUCCGAGGCACCGAGCUCUAGUAUCAAGGCUCGGCCAUCUUCGAUAGGAAAGCCUAAUAAGCGUCGGAGUCGCUCUCUGGGAGUACGAAAGGACGAUACCGUUGAUGGGUCUCGCGCCAACGCAUCCGAAAACAACACUCGCUCACGAGAGACGCAAGCAACACGGUUACAACGUCAGCACGAAGAGGAAUACACCAAAAGCUCACUCGUUCCAGUAGCUGAUAUGGGGCUGCCUGAAUCCUCUACCGAUAACAAUAUCAGUACAACUUCCAAUGACCCCGCCAAAGAAUCCAAAGAUGAAUCCAGGUCCGUCGAUAAGAUCCAUGACGCGGGUAACGAGAAAGGCACAGCGAAGGCGACUCAAUUAGAUGAUGCGGAAAAGGAACGGACCGAGGUCGACGAACGCGAGGAACACGAGGUUUAUUCCCUCCUCGAACACCGGAUGGCCUCAGAUGGCAGCGGAAAGGUCGAACUUCUCGUCCACUGGGCUGGGGAGGAGGAGGACGAGGCGACGUGGGAGUUGGAAGAGGAGAUACAGCGAGGCGCCGGAGAGACGUUAUACACCUACUGGAAGGCGCAAGGUGGUCGCAUCAAUGCGCUUUUCAUCAAGCCUAAGAAUGCGCCACCGGAGACUUACCAUGUCUUCAAAAUUCUUGGCCACGAGAAGAAGACGAGAGGUGGUUUCGAAUUCGAAGUCCAAUGGGUCGGCCAUCCUCCCACUCGUGGCGAAACCUCAGUAGAGGCCGAACCCAAGCUGAGGAAGAUCGCGCCAGAAGCUCUCCACCAAUACUGGGAAAGUGUCGGCGGCCGUGAAAAGUUCCUUGCCAAGCGCGGCCGGAACAAGAAAGCAAGAACCGAGUGACGAGGUCACAUAAACGGACUACUUACCUAUCGAUCUACCUGUACAUAUUCCAUCCAUCCAAUUUGUUUUGGUCGUCGCGGGAGCAUCAUCGGGGCUUGACGUUGCAUCUCACGGAGUUAGAAA